GUUGAGAGACGAUGAAAAUGAAAAGUAUUAGAGUUUUGCAUGUACUUGUUGUCCCUAUCGUACUCUUCUUGGUUUGUUCCCAGAAUUCUAUGGCACACAGGAGAUCAAUGCUGUCCAUUUCUAAAAAACCUGACCCAAAUGAUGCUAUUGCCACCGCUCGUUGGCUGGUCUCUCAGAAUUUCUGGGCUGUAUUAAACACAAUCUCAAUUGAUUUGGGUGGAGCACCCUGGGGGAAUGUGGUAUCAUUUAGUGAUGGGAUACCUGACCAAGGCACUGGCAUCCCAUACUUUUACUUGACAAAUUUGGAUCCAACAGUAAAAAAUGCAUUGAAAGACCAAAGAGCUUCCUUUACAGUCAGUGAAUAUCCUCUUGGGACCUGUGGCAAGAUAGACCCAGAGAAUCCUACCUGCUCAAAAAUUACUCUAACAGGAAAGCUGAUAUUGGUUGAUGAAAAGUCCAAAGAAGCUGAAUUUGGCAGAAAUGCAUUGUUUUCCAAGCAUUCAGAGAUGAAAGGCUGGCCUACGGAUCAUAACUUUCAAGUCUACAAAUUGGAGAUUGAAAAUAUAUUCUUAAUUGAUUGGUUUGGUGGUCCAAAACAUUUAACAGUAGAUGAGUACCUAAAGUGGAAAGGACAUUGAGAUAGCAUAGCUGUUACUUAGACCUCUCAAUUAAAUAAGCAAACAUCUAUCUAUCUAUCUAUUCUUAUCAUAUAAAAGUUGAUAUAAACC